GGGGCCGGAGAUGGUGGCGGUGGCGGCUCUUCCGACAUGAGGCAGCGGCCGUGGGAGGGCCGGCGGCGGGCGCGGCCGCAGCGGCAUCUCUAGCUCGGGCAAGACCCCCGGGGCGUGGGCACGGCGGGCGGGCAGGCGUGAGUCCGGUCCGGUGUCGCGGGAGCCGGGCUCUGCGGCAGCCCUCACCGCCGCCCGCGGAGGGGCCCUCGCGGCGCCCUGCGUUCGGCCCCGCGGCUCGGCCCGGGGCGUCGUUGGUCCCCGGGCGGGGGCGCGGCGUGUUCUGCUCGGACAGCAGGCCCCGCUAGACCGGCCGCUUAGACUCGGGCGGCCGCCCGGCAGCCCGCCCGCGGGCUCCGCAAACUCGCGGGCUUGGGCGCAAACCCCCGCCUUGGGCACGGCCGACUAGAGCGUGGGGGCGGCCACCAGGGGCGGGGGCCGGGGUCGCCCGCGGGUGCUCGGCCGCACCGAGAGGGGACGCGGCCAGUGCCGCAGGUUCGGCCCGCACGCCUUUGACGCACCGGGCGCCACUGCUGCAGGAUGAAGCGCUGCCCGCCGCCGGCGGAGUUGUUUUUGCGAACGCGGCUCGCAGCGCUGGGAGCGCUCAAGGUCUGAACUUCCCUCCCGAGCCGCAGUUGGAGGCGCACGGCGCGGAGGCCACCAGCAGGCGACGGUGCCGGAGGGGAGCGCGCCGCGUCUCAGACCCAGAGUGGCCGCACGCCGGGACCCCCCGGGAGCAUCAGGUACUCCUGACUCGGCCGGGAAAGGUUCCGAGAGCUCGGCAACAUGGCUUCCCCGCCCCACCAGCAGCUGCUGCAUCACCACAGCACCGAGGUGAGCUGCGACUCCAGUGGAGACAGCAACAGCGUGAGGGUCAAGAUCAACCCCAAGCAGCUGUCCUCCAACACCCACCCCAAGCACUGCAAGUACAGCAUCUCGUCCAGCUGUAGCAGCUCCGGAGACUCCGGGGGGCUUCCCCGGCGGAUGGGCGGCGGCGGCCGCCUGCGCAGGCAAAAGAAGCUGCCCCAGCUGUUCGAGAGGGCCUCCAGCCGAUGGUGGGACCCCAAGUUCGACUCCGUGAACCUGGAGGAGGCCUGCCUGGAGCGCUGCUUCCCGCAGACCCAGCGCCGCUUCCGGUACGCGCUCUUCUACGUGGGCUUCGCCUGCCUUCUCUGGAGCAUCUAUUUUGCUGUCCACAUGAGAUCUAAACUGAUUGUCAUGGUGGUGCCCGCGCUGUGCUUCCUCGUGGUGUGUGUGGGCUUUUUUCUGUUUACCUUUACCAAGCUGUAUGCCCGGCAUUACGCGUGGACCUCGCUGGCUCUCACCCUGCUAGUGUUCUCCUUGACCCUGGCUGUGCAGUUUCAGGUUUUGACGCCUCUCUCAGGACGCGUUGACAGCUCCAAUCAUACUCUGGCAGCCAGGCCCACAGUCACUUGCUUAUCUCAAGUGGGGAGCUUUUCCAUGUGCAUCGAAGUGCUCUUUUUGCUCUACACUGUCAUGCACUUGCCUUUGUACUUGAGCUUGUUUUUGGGGGUGGCCUAUUCUGUCCUUUUUGAGACCUUUGGCUAUCAUUUUCGAGAUGAAAACUGCUUUCCUUCGUCUGGAGCUGGCGCCUUGCACUGGGAGCUGCUGAGCAGGGCCCUGCUCCAUGUCUGCAUUCAUGCCAUCGGGGUCCACCUAUUCGUCAUGUCUCAGGUGAGGUCCAGGAGCACCUUCCUCAAGGUGGGACAGUCUAUCAUGCACGGAAAAGAUCUGGAAGUAGAAAAAGCCCUCAAAGAGAGGAUGAUUCAUUCUGUCAUGCCAAGAAUCAUAGCUGACGACUUAAUGAAACAGGGCGAUGAGGAGAGUGAGAAUUCUGUCAAGAGGCAUGCCACCUCCAGUCCCAAGAACAGGAAGAAAAAGUCCUCCAUCCAGAAAGCUCCUAUAGCAUUUCGCCCUUUUAAGAUGCAGCAGAUCGAAGAAGUCAGUAUUUUAUUUGCAGAUAUUGUAGGCUUCACCAAGAUGAGUGCCAACAAGUCUGCUCACGCGCUGGUGGGUCUCCUCAAUGAUCUGUUUGGCCGCUUUGAUCGGCUGUGUGAGGAGACCAAGUGUGAGAAAAUCAGCACCCUGGGAGACUGCUACUACUGUGUGGCAGGGUGUCCUGAGCCCCGAGCAGACCAUGCCUACUGCUGUAUUGAAAUGGGCUUAGGCAUGAUAAAAGCCAUUGAGCAGUUCUGUCAGGAGAAGAAAGAGAUGGUGAACAUGCGCGUUGGGGUUCACACGGGGACCGUCUUAUGUGGCAUCUUGGGCAUGAGGAGAUUUAAAUUUGACGUGUGGUCCAAUGAUGUGAACUUGGCCAAUCUCAUGGAGCAGCUGGGCGUGGCCGGCAAAGUUCACAUAUCUGAGGCUACUGCAAAGUACUUAGAUGACCGGUACGAAAUGGAAGAUGGGAAAGUUAUUGAACGUCUUGGCCAGAGCGUGGUUGCUGACCAGUUGAAAGGUAUGUGUGUUUCCUCGCCUCCUCAUCUCCCUCCCCAUCCUGUUGCUAUUAAAUAAUGACAUUGUUUUUAGCAUUAGCGUCUGAGGCAGCUCAGCUGUCUCGGGAUCAGUGUUCCUUUUUCUCCAGUGAGUCAAACAUUGCAGACUUAGUCACGCUGCAGACAGAGAUGCUGGGACAGAGCCAACCUAGGUGAGACCUCUAGAAGGAAGGAGGAUUUGAAAAUUUACAUACUACCAGUUGGCCAUUGAUGUUUCUGAAAUUCUGCGGGCAUGUCCCGUGAAUAAAUGGGCAUCAGAGCUCUUCAGCAGUCACAGGUUUUUAGCUCUUCAGGAAAUUGCCUUUGCGUUUCAUCUGCUCACCCGUAAGUCCCUUGCAAACAUUUCUCUAUGCCUUUUGCCAAAACUGUGAAAACUGAAUCUUUGUCCUCUCCAGGCCUCCCUUUGCUUACGGGAAGAGUGAGUUGGGUUGGGAAAUUAGAUGGACUUAUAUACCUCUCAAUGCACACUGCCUUUGCCUAGGUCUCUUUUUAAAAAAUGUUUGUAUUUUCAGCUUUCAUUUGUUUAAUGAAGGUUUAUUAUCAAUGUUUACCACAUA